CUCACCUUAAAAGCAGCGCAACAAAUUUUAAUACAGGUGCAUACUCCUGAAGCAGUGCAGAAAUAAGAUCGAAAACCUGGAAAACUCACGUUCCUGAUCUGGUUGAUGAGCACAUGCGCAAUAUGUUUGGAGUCCACUUUUCGAGGCUCGGAAUGAGGAUGUCUUAAUGUACAGCUAUUAAUGCUGUUGAACUUCAAAGGAUCAAUUCAAACUGUCUUGUGCGGCGUAAAGAACGCCCUUUCUGAACGCAGUUGAUCAAAGGCAAAGAGCGAGGUAUAGAGGCCCAGUAUCAAAGCAGAAAGGGUCCUAUUCAUUUGACAAGAUGGAAAGGAGGAUCCAGGCAGCUCCUGGGAGAAGGAGAAGGGAUUGGGUGGCUCUUGUGUUGUGCAUCCUACAGAUCACUGCUGUGUGCGCGGGACCACUGAUGGCGGUGGACUUUGGUGGAGAGUUCAUCAAGGUGUCUGUGGUCAAGCCUGGCCGCACACCCAUCAGUAUCGUGCCAAACGAGAUGAGCAAGCGACGCACCUCCGCCCAGGUGGCGUUUGUGGAUGGGGACCGGCUGCUGGGAGAGGAGGCCGCCGCGCUGUCAGUGCGAUACCCAGACCGCGUGUAUGCCAGGACGAGGGAUUUGGUGGGGAAGCUUGCGGCGAGCGAGGCGAUUGGGUCUCUGCUGGCUGAUAAUCACUUGCCCUACACGAUUGUGGAGGACGAGCAGCGCAAGACUGUGUCCCUCAAGACACACACCGGCGAGCUGCUCUCUGCUGAGGCCCUUGUGGCGAGCAUCCUGCACUAUGCUCAGAGGAUCACAUCGGCUGCCAGUGAGGGCGCUCCAGUGGUCGACUGUGUCAUUGUUGUUCCGCCAUUCUUUGGCCCUGCGCAGCGGCAGGGCCUCAUCGAUGCCGCCCAGCUUGCAGGGCUAAAUGUGCUGGCGCUCAUAAACAGCCACGCAGCGGCAGCGCUGCAGUACGGGAUUGAGCGUGACUUCACAAACAAGACGGAGUGGGUGGUGCUGUAUGACAUGGGUGCCACCUCCACUGAAGCGGCCCUCGUCAAGUUCUCCUCGUUCACUGUCAAGGAGUUUGGCAAGCCCAAGACCCACAGCCAGUUUGAGGUGAAGGACGUGGCAUGGGACGAGGCCCUGGGGGCAGAGAAGCUGGACCUGCUGCUGCUGGACCACUUCGCCGACGAGUUCCAGGCCAAGCACGGCGUAGACAUCCGCCAAUUCCCCAAGGCUGUUGCCAAGCUCAAACGCCAGGUGAAGCGGACCAAGGAGAUCCUGAGCGCCAACUCAGAGGCGCCCAUCAGCGUGGAGGAGCUGCACAACGGCAUCGACUUCAGGUCACGCAUCACCAGGGAGCAGUUCGAGGGGCUGGCGGGGGAUUUCUUCACGCGCGCGGCCGCGCCGCUGGAGGCGCUGAUGGAGCGCAGCGGGCUGGCAGUGGGGGACCUGCAGGCGGUGGAGCUGCUGGGCGGGGGUUCCCGCGUCCCGGCCGUGCAGACCGCGCUCUCCCGCGCGCUCGGCGGCCGCGCCCUUGACAAGCACUUGGAUGCUGACGAGGCGGUGGUGCUGGGCGCGGGCCUGUUUGCGGCCAACCUUUCGACCACCUUCCGCCUGCGCAAAUUUGGCAUGGCCGAUGGUGCCACCUACCCCAUCCAAUACCAGGAGACCGAGUACAAGCCCAAGUCACUGCUGCCCUUCAUGAAGCGCAUCCCGGCCAGGCGCAUGGUGCACCUGCCAGAGCAGGCUGUGGACCCCCUCUCGUUCACCCUCUCCUACAACUCCAGCUACCCCCUGCCCUCCGGCAUCCCCUCGCCUGUGCUCGCGCAGUACGACGUCACCGGUAUCAAGGAUGUGAGCGCCAAGCACAGCGAGCCGGCCAAGCUGAAUCUGCACGUGCAUGCUGACGCCUCUGGCCUCAUCCACAUCGACAAGGCAGAGGCAGUCCUGGACGUCAUGGAGGAGUACACCGUCAAGGUGCCUCACAUUUACUUACCAUCUCGUUUGAUGACUGCAUCAUUACUCAUCACGCCUUCCAUGUCCAGCCAUUUUAGCAUGGAGGUGGGGGCGGGUAAGGGCUCCGCGGCGGCGGCAAAUGAGACGGUGGCUGAGAAGAUUGAGUUCGAGGAGGUGACUAAGACGCGCAAGAAGACGCUGCGCCUGCCGCUCAAGCUCAGCGGGCCGGGCCUUUCCAUGCCCAAGAUGACCCCGGAGCAGAUCAAGGAGGGCAAAAGGCUGAUGGCACAACUGGCGGCCAAGGACGGCGAGAAGCGCGACGCGGCCGCCGCCAAAAACGACCUCGAGUCCUACAUCAUAGCCACCGGCUCUACCCUCGACGAGCCCAGCAUAGAGCAGGUGACGACUGAGAAGCAGCGGGAGGCGUUCAGAAAGGCGCUGAUGGAAGUGGAGGACUGGCUCUACACCGACGGCGAGGCCGAAAAGGCGCCCGUCUUCAGGAAGAAGCUGGGGGAUCUGAGGGCGUCGGGGGACCCGAUGGCCUUCCGGGCGGCCGAGGCGGAGGCGCGGCCGGGGGCGGUGGCGGCAGCACAGGGCAUGCUGGACAUGUGGCGCAAGGCGGCCAACCUGUGGCGCAGCCAGCGCCCCUGGAUGAACGCCACUGACAUCCAGGCACUCCUCGAUGCGGCUGAUGCGUAUGAGAGCUGGCUGAACAAGGAUCUGAAGAGGCAGAAGAAGCUGAAGGCCCAUGAGGACCCGGUGCUCAAGUCUGCUGACGUGGACGCCAAGCUGGAUGAUGUGCGCAAAAUCUUCACCAAGCUCAAAAACAAGAAGCAGCCCAAGCCGCCCAGGCCAGCCGCACCCGCCAAUGACACGGCGGCAGCUGAUGACAAGAUAAAGUCAGACCCUGAUCAGUCGCAGCCGGCUGAGGAGCAGGUUGAUCAGGAAGUGGAGGUGGAUAGCCACGAGGAUGUCAGAUUAGAAGAGGGAGCUGAGGGGGAGAAAGCAUCAAAGGAUGAGCUGUGA